GGCGGAGGCGGCGGCGGCCGGAGCGCGGCGAGCGGGGCCUCCUGGGGCCGGCGGCGGAGGGAGUGGGACCGGGCGGGUCUCCGGGCGGUCGGGCCCAUGUUGAACAUGUGGAAAGUCCGGGAGCUGGUGGACAAGGCAUUUUCUGAUCUGAGUUUUAUAUGAGGAGGUACAGAACUUGUUGUCCCCUCUUGCUGCCUGCUUGUUCUCCCUAAUACCACCUAAACAUCAUUCCUACCUCAAAUUGCACAACUGAGCACCAAUGUGGUUAUGAAUUAUUCAGAAAUAGAGUCUAAGGUUCGAGAAGCAACCAAUGAUGAUCCAUGGGGACCUUCAGGGCAACUCAUGGGAGAGAUUGCCAAGGCUACGUUUAUGUACGAGCAGUUUCCAGAGCUCAUGAACAUGCUGUGGACUCGGAUGCUGAAAGACAACAAAAAGAACUGGAGGAGAGUUUAUAAGUCUUUGCUGCUCCUAGCUUACCUCAUAAGGAAUGGAUCAGAGCGUGUUGUUACAAGUGCCAGAGAACACAUUUAUGAUUUGCGAUCCCUGGAAAAUUACCACUUUGUAGAUGAGAAUGGCAAAGACCAGGGAAUAAACAUCCGCCAGAAGGUGAAAGAAAUGGUUGAGUUUGCUCAAGACGACGAUCGGCUUCGGGAAGAGAGGAAGAAAGCAAAGAAGAACAAAGACAAAUACAUUGGGGUGUCCUCGGACAGUGUCGGAGGGUUCAGAUACAGUGAAAGAUAUGAUCCUGAGCCCAAGUCCAAAUGGGACGAAGAAUGGGAUAAAAAGUCAACUUUUCCUUUCAGUGAUAAGUUAGGGGAGCUCAGUGACAAGAUUGGCAGCACGAUCGAUGACACCAUCAGCAAGUUCCGAAGGAAAGAUAGAGAAGACUCUCCAGAAAGGGGCAGUGACAGUGAUGAGGAAAAAUCAAGAAGAGGCAAAUCUCCCAAAGCUGAAUUUAAAGAUGAAGAGGAAACUGUGACAACAAAACACAUUCAUAUUGCACAAGCUACAGAAAUUACCACCAUCAGACAGAAACGCUCAGCAAAUCCUUCAAAAACCAUUGACUUGGGAGCAGCAGCUCAUUACACAGGAGAUAAAGCAAGUCCAGAACAGAACUCUGCUGCUCAUCCUGCACAGCCUACGACAAAGGCUGCUGUGCCCUCUGGCAGCAAGUCCUCUAAUGACCUGGUGGACCUGUUGUUUGAUGGAACCAGCCAGCCAGCUUCCACAGGUGGAUCAAGUGACCCAUUUGGAGGAUUUGCUGAUUUUAGUUCACCUGCUGCUUCAGCGAGUUUCCCAUCAUCUCAAGGUACAGCAACAAGUGGAAAUGGAGACUUUGGUGACUGGAGUGCCUUCAACCAAGCUUCUCCUUGUACCAGUGCUUCAUCUGGGGAGCUCUUCAGCAGCACGGCACAGCAGCCAGCUCUAGAGCUCUUCAGUGCCUCGCAGCCAGCUCCAGGCCAGCCUCCAGCUGCUUCCAAUUCUAUGGAUCUUUUUGAUUUGAUGGGACCCUCUCAGACAACCAUGACCUCCUCACAAAGCAUGAAUUUCUCCAUGAUGAGUUCCAAUUCUGUGGGUGUCAGUUUACCCAUGUCCAGGUCACAGCCUCUGCAAAGCAUGAACCCAAUGAUGCCGAAGCCUAACUCACUUUAUAAUGCAAGGACAGAGAUGGUCCAGAAAAAUGCAAGCAAAACUCUACCCUCAACUUGGUCAGAUCCCAGUGUAAAUAUCAGUUUGGACAAUUUAGUACCUGGGAUGCAGCCUUCCAAACCCCAACAGCCAUCACUUAAUACCAUGAUGCAGCAACAGAAUAUGCAACAACCGAUGAAUGUCAUCACGCAGAACUUUGCAGCUGUGAACCUCAGCCCUCAGCCCAACAUGAUGGCCGUGCGACCCCAGAGCAACGCGCUGCUGGCGGGGCCCAUGGGGCUGGCCAUGCCCGGGGUGAUGUCGGGUGCCAUGGGCGUGGCCUCCAUGGCCCCCACGCCCAUGAUGAACCAGGGAAUGAUGGGCAUGAACAUGGGAGUGCCGGCCACGGGAAUGGGCACAAUAGGAAUGGGGGUACCCAACAUGGCUAUGACCUCUCUGACUCCUGGGACUGUACAACCCAAGCAAGAUGCCUUUGCAAAUUUUGCCAAUUUUAGCAAAUAAAGAUUGUAAAAUAAAUAAAAGAAAAUGAGAUUAAAAUAAAAUAAAUGGGCAGACCGAAUGAAGGAUUUUUAGCUGCACAAAUAUAGCUGGGGAAGGGAUGGGAAACACUGAUCAAUACUUUUUUUUUUUUUUUCUUUAUCAGUUGAAGUGUCUACAUAAAAAACCAAAAGCUAUUUUCUAAGUGUUGAAAUAACUAGUGUUCAAAUUCUGGAGAGGUCAGAGAUUCUUCUAAGGAAUGUGUUGGAUGAUUUUGCAAAAUAAUUUGUAUUAAGACCAUCAAAAAACCUUUCCUACGUAGAAGAACCAAUUUUAACUUUGAGACUUGAUGGAAGACUGGAUUGGGGACUGGGUAAAAAUGUUUGAAUCUAAUUUUAUACUUUUCUUUUUUCUUGAAGAGCUUUGACUUUCUUUUCCCCCUCUCCCUGAUCGCUUUGUCAUAAUUGGAUCAUUCCUUUUACUACCACUGAGUCCACAAUUGUGAAGUCACUCAAGUACUAUGAUCAGUUUUUUAUAAGAAUAUAUAUUUUUGUCCAAAAAUGGCUUACAUAUGUGACUAUGGCUAAUUCAAGGGGACCUGGAAUGUAUAUAUACUUUUGCUAAUGUUCCAGCCACACUGCUGUAUUAUCCAAAUUUUUAUUGUAAAAAUCCUCUCUCAGCAAUUUGGUGAUCAGCGGAUUUUUGGGGUCUUGACGUGCUUCUAAUGUUACAACAGAUAUCCCGUGCAAGUCUGGGAGAAGCUUUAUCCAGGACUGCUGGAAGGUUUCCUUUCAGAAAACUCCAGGGAAUGCACUUCCUUGGAGUUCUUUUCCAGUGGCACUUGGCAUUCUUUGUAGCACAGAUGUCCCUAAGGAGCCACUGGUUUAGGGCAUCAGCAGCAGGUGAAUCACACUUCAGUGAUGUAAAUCUAGAACCUAACUUAAUCCAAUGGCGUUGGAUCUUGACUUUUAUACAACACUUGGUGAUUCUUUUGUGUAAAUAUGGCAUUAGCAGCUGUGGAAUCCAAUAGAGGAGUAAAAAAAUAUAUAUAUAUUAAUAAAGGAGACCUGUAGCAGUCAAAGAUUUUACCGAUUUACUGAAAGCAAAAGAAUGAAUUAAGGUUUUGGGGGGUUUUGUUUUUCCUUCUGUAAUUCUGCAUUUAAGUUCACAUGAAUCAAGAUUUUAGAAUCUGGAACACAAAGACAUUGUUAUAUUCACAAGCUGGGAAUAUUGUUAAGAAUAAGCACUAUACUAUAGGUAUGAAAUUUAUUGCCUCCCUUUUCUUAUGUUGGAUUUCUUUUUUAUUAUUAAAUUGAUAAAACUUUGUUUCCAUUGUAUUCAUAAUGUUCUGUUAUACAUAACAUUAAAAUGUUCAUUAAAAUCAA